CUGUUGUUGCGCAAUCCUGUGGAAGUUGUAGUUCGACAGUCAACUUGUUUGCAUCACUGGUCAUGACUCAUACAGCAACGGCGCUGCCUGGACAGCUUGAGUGAUGGCGGAGGGGAGGAGUGGAGAGGACAUUGUUUCAGAGUACCUGGACCAGAACCCUCACCUGGUCGAGUGGGUGGAGUCACUCCGAGGAGGGCAUGAGACCAACAAGCAGUGGCAUGCCAGACGAGAGUUUUUCCUGAGGAACAUGGAGACGUUCCCCACAGUCCAGCCGGGCUUCCCCAGCCCCAGUCUGGACAGGCUGCUCUCACUGUCCAUAUGCUGGGCCAACCACAUCUUCUUGGGCUGCAGAUACCCUCAACCUGUCAUGGACAGGAUCAAGGAAAUGGCAGAGGGAGUGGUUGUCAAUGAUGCUCCAGUUCGAAAGACCAGAGAUGAAAUCUUGGGGAAAGGAAAGAGGACUGCAGGGGGCGACGACGACAGCUGCGCCAAGCGGACCAAGCCUGGGAACCCCUUCAAGCAAGGCCCACCCCCGCAGGCACCUGCCAAGCACCAGCCCUUCUUCAACCGCCUCUACAAGGCUGUGGCGUGGAAGCUGGUGUCGGCAGGGGGCUUCGGCCCCAACCUGGACCACUUUGAGAUCCUGCGUGCCUGCACUGAGUCGUCCAAAGAGAGCCUGAGCUGCGUCUUUGUGCCCCUGAAGGACAUCCCCGACCUGCCUGCGGCGCGCUCCCAGAAGGAGGGCCAGGUGUGCGAGCUGCGCUGCCAGACAGUCUAUCUGGGCACGGGCUACGGGCGUGACGAGGCAGCCGCCAGGGCCAUGGCAUCCAAGGAGGCCCUCAAGGCCUUCCAGGGGCGCAAGGUGACGGUGAAGAUCUGCCGGCGGCGGUUCAAUGGUAGGGAUGUAGAGGAUCUGGUGCUGCUGGAUGAUCAGCCCAGGAACCCGGGCUUCCCUCCCGCUAUCAGCUACCCCUUCCAGCCAGAGCAGCAGGGAGACGGGCCGUCGUAGCACAGCCAUGGGUCAUAGAGUAUCCUCCGGGGGCCUUUCCAGGGUCAUGUUCAGUAGGCAUCAAAAUGUAGUAAAAUGGGGACGUAGGAAUGGGGGUUUGAAAUAAUUUCACAAUUUCAAUAGUAUAAUGAAUUUUUGUCAGAUAUUUGAAAUACAUGUGUUAUUGUUUUUUGUUUUUUUACCUGAGCACUGCUGCGGGAGGGAGGCUGGCGCUCUAUUGCUGCAGCUGCAGAGGGGGCGAACAGGUGGAUGGAGGGAGAGAGGCUGGCGCUCUAUUGCUGCAGCUGCAGAGGGG